UAGGGUUCAGUAACGGGACAGCAGGUCCAGCCAUCGGCUCCGUUGUGAACGGAGGGUGGGUAAACAACCGAUUUGGCCUGUGUUUUGUUUAAUCUACGCAUUGCUCCACAUCAGGAGGCAUCUGAAUAAUUUAAAUGAAAAAUAGACUGACUCCUGCAUCCAAUUAAAUCGGCUUUUUGUUCCCGGCAGACAUGGCGAUUGCUCACGUAGCCACUGAGUACGUUUUUUCCGACUUUUUAUUAAAGGACCCCACGGAUGCGAAGUACAAAGGCGUGCGUCUGGAGUUGGCGGUGGACAAGAUCGUCACGUUUCUGGCAGUGGGGCUGCCUUUGUUCCUCAUCUCACUGGCUUUUGCCCAAGAGGUGUCAGUAGGUACGCAGAUAAGCUGCUUUGCUCCCUCUUCGUUUUCCAUGAGACAGGCUACGUAUGCGGACUCUUUUUGUUGGGCGGCAGUGCAGCAACAAGCUGACAGUUCACCAUUAUGGCUACACAAGUUCUUUCCAUACACCCUGCUCUUACUAGCCAUCCUCAUGUACAUCCCCGCCUUGUUCUGGCGCUUCACAGCAGCUCCGCUCCUCUCCUCUGAUCUCAGCUUCAUCAUGGAGGAGCUGGACCGCUUUUAUAAUCGUGCAAUCCGGCUGGCCAAGAAAGUGGCAUCCUUAGAUAGCAAGGAUGGACCCGAGGAUUCACCGAGUGCUUUGGACCUGACCGAGGGUUGCUUUAAAUACCUUUUAGUGGAACAGUACCUGAAGACCAAGCGUGUCUCUCACAGCCUUGUGGUCAAAUACCUGGCUUGCAGAGGCUUGACUCUGCUGAUCCUUCUGCUGGCCUGCUUCUACCUUGGCUACUACAUCCUGCAGGCUUCUCUCACAGAUGAGUUUCCUUGCAGCCUGCGCACAGGAGUGCUGACGAACGACAGCUCGGUGCCGCCUGCUGUUCAAUGUAAGCUUGUAGCAGUGGGUAUUUUCAGGCUGCUCAGCUAUAUCAACUUUGUAGUGUAUGUGCUCCUUGCUCCAUUGGUGGUGUAUGCCGCCCUUGGACCAGCACGCCAGAGCUCCAGAUUCCUCCGUCCUUAUGAGAUGCUGCCAGGAUUUGGUGCUUUGGGUGUGGUUACACCCAUCUACAAUGACCUCAGUAUCUACCUGCUGUUCCUGUAUGAGAACCGGAGUGAACUGAAGUCAUUUAAGUGUUUGCAGGUGCUUGAGUUGUUGCAAGAGGCUGGUGAUGAGGGAUUUGACGCCACGUGCCUUCUGCAAACUCUGGGUCAGGUGAAGACCGAUGUGUUAGACUGCAAGAAGACAUGCUCACCUAAGAAUCUAGACGUGCCCACAUAAGGGUCUUAGGUCAAACUGCGUCAUUUCUGAAUGAUUGGUCUGAUGAGGCUAAGCCCCAAUGUGAAGGAAAACAACCAGGACGAAGCUGCACGCUCGUAUUUUUAUCUCUGUAUCUUUAUCUUUGUAUUUGCAUGCAGCAGUCUAAUCCACAAGAUAAAAGGGGUAUGUACUCAUUCACACAGACAAUGAGUUUACCUCUAAAGUGUCUUAUUUUAGAAAUAUGGACACUGCAUCAUUGCUGUCCACAGAAAUGUUUCUGUUCUAUUUCUAACCAUGCUACUUUUCUCAGGAUCUCAAUUGCCUUCCAGUCGAAGUAAGCCAUGCUCUCUGGACUGAAAUCAGUAUUACAUACAUUUCCACAUGCAAAUUCUGCAUCUAGCCUUCAAGAUAGAAUGAGGACUUUUUCCUAGUACUUGACUUAUAUGUAGUUACAGUUUAGGUAAUAAGGAGACAUAGUGUCUACCCAACAUAAUUUUUUUAUUAUACGAACAGAAACAGCUGUAAAGCGUGUGUUUUUUGUCUGUAAAACAGUGCUUAACAACAGAGCAUUUAAUGGGCACGUUGAAAGUAAACAAGGCCUUAAUUUUCCAAACUAAGCAACGGAUGACAACUCCUCAUUUUAUAAUAAGGGCAUAUGCUUAUUCUUUGGGCCAACCAAAUGGGCUUCAUGGAUCCUUAAAGAAUCCCUUCUCAGUUAUAUCAUUGUGGGGCAUCAUGAAAGCAAUACAGUGCAUUUACUUCCUUAAUCCUCAAACAGUUCAUGGGGAUAAUUAUUAGAAAAACAACUGAGAAUGUGAAAUAAUUCAUUGCAUACAUGUUGAAUAAAGAAACACUUUCUUAAUCUUGAAUCUACUGUACAAUACAAGCAUAUAACUGUCUUGAAAUUAAAACAAUUGUAUAAAGUUUAAUUUAUUUGAGACUUCA